AUGGAAGCCGCGGCGGAUCAAGGAGUUCCCGCUUCCGGAGGCAACGGCGAAGCUCUGACGUUGCCGCCACCGCUGCCGCUGGGGGUGCGGCUCCAGGUGGGCGGGCUCACGGUCGCCAUCGACGCCGUGGAGCGCCGCGACGGCACCGUCAACCGCUGCCUCUACUCGGUGAUCGACCGCCUCCUGAGCGCGCGCGCCAACCCGCGCCCGGACAGCUCCGGCGUCCGCUCCUACGACUUCACCAUCGACGCCUCCCGCGGCAUCUGGGCGCGCGUCUUCGCCCCCGUAGCCGCCGCGGCGCCGCUGCCCGUCAUCGUCUACUACCACGGCGGCGGCUUCGCGCUCUUCUCCCCGGCCAUCGGGCCCUUCAACGGCGUGUGCCGCCGCUUCUGCAGCCAGAUCGGCGCCGUGGUCGUGUCCGUCAACUACCGGCUCGCCCCGGAGCACCGGUACCCCGCGGCGUACGACGACGGCGUCGACGCGCUCCGCUUCAUCGACGACGCCGGCGCCGUCCCGGGCCUCGGCGACGACGUACCCGUAGACCUAUCCAGCUGCUUCCUCGCCGGGGAGAGCGCCGGCGGGAAUAUCGUCCACCACGUCGCCAACCGCUGGGCCGCCGAGCACCAGCCCUCCGCCAAGUCCGUCCGCCUUGCCGGGAUCUUUCCCGUGCAGCCCUACUUCGGCGGCGAGGAGAGGACGGAGUCGGAGCUCAGGCUGGAGGGCGUGGCGCCGGUGGUGAACCUCCAGCGCUCCGACUUCUCGUGGAAGGCGUUCCUGCCCGUGGGCGCCACCCGCGACCACCCGGCGGCGCAUGUGACCGACGAGAACGCCGAGCUGGCCGAGGCGUUCCCGCCCACGAUGGUGGUGGUUGGCGGGUUCGACCCGUUGCAGGACUGGCAGCGCCGGUAUGCCGACGUGCUGCGGCGGAAGGGGAAGAAGGUCCAGGUGGCCGAGUACCCUGACGGCUUCCACGGGUUCUACGGCUUCCCGGAGCUCCCCGACGCCGGCAAGGUCCUGCAGGAGAUGAAGGCCUUCGUGGACAGCAACCGGACGGCGCCGAAAUCCACCACGCCAUGAGGAAGAAGCUGAGAAAACCAAUGGUUGGUGUGAUCGGUGCCAUUGCAAACUGUAGAACGUGUGUGCAUGCAUGGAAAAUGUGGAAACGGAAUAAUAUUU